UUCACCACUUUCUUCAUUAGAAUCGAACUCUCUCUCUCUCUCUCUCUCUCUAUCCAACUGAAAGUUUUCCACUACCAAGAAACUGAGCAGUAAUGGGUGGCGAUAGAAUCUUUUCUCCUAUUUCUGCUACUGAAGAAGAAGAAGAAUCGCCAGAACAAGAAUUCCCACAUGAAUCAGUUAUACCCAGUUUUUUCAGUGGGGAUGAGAAUGGUUCAGUGAUCAGUGGAGAAAGUGUAUGGGAUUUCAUAGAAUUUUCCCCGGAAUAUUGUCUGGUUUGUUCGAGUUUUGAUGCAGCAGAGAUGCAGAGGCGCAAGGUCUAUGCAGAAGUUUUGAGGAGUUACGAGGAAUUGCGGCUUAGGGCUGAGAGGUUGGAGGAGGCCAAAAGUAAAAUCUUGAGGUAUGAUCGGGUUUUUUGUUCUCAUUUGUUGAUAAUCUUGUUAUAG